GCUCAAGCUGCGGCCAGCCCCCCGCUCGGUGCGGCGCGGGCAUGCAAUGACGCGGGCGGCCAAGCCUGGCCGCAAGAUCGUGGUGCGGCACGGGGAGACGGUUACGCACCUCGACACCGUUGCGGACGCAGCGGAACUCAUCCUCCUCAUCGAGGCUGGAAAGCGUUCGUGCUGGCUCGCGCCUGGCGCUCGGGCGCAAGGCCACCACGGAGGAGGUCAGGCGCGCUCUCCUCGCCGAGGGGGACACGGACCUCGCCAAGAGGUGGGCAGCCUUUCGCGCAGGAAGGCGCCUCGCUGCCCGUCCUGAUCCAGAGCUCCUGCUCGACGUGCUCACGAAGCUGGAGGUGCCCCGGUCUGGCCAGCGGGUGAAGGAGCACGUCACGGACCUGCACGCGGAGCUGCCGCAGGACAACAUCGAGCAACGCUCGUUCCUCACGGAGGCCGGCGCUUGCGUGCUCAAGACCUCGGAGCGCGACACGUCUGCCGGCAAGUGCGGGAGCCCGCACUCGGAGCUGCUCAACGGCAAGGGCGGCCAGCCUGCCACCGAGCUGGGCGCCAUGGUCGAGAAGGCCAAGACCGCCCCGCUCAUCGACUUCAAGACCGAGGACACACAGUGCUACGACAAGGCGGACGAACCCUGCGUGCUCACGACCUCGGAGUACUCGGAGCACGACACGUCCGCCACCAUCGAGGACGACGAUCACGAGACUGCAGCCAGCCCCCUGCGCAAGGCGGACCCCAUCGGCGUGCUCACGGCCUCGGAGUACGACUCGUCUACCACCACGGAGCGCAAGGAAGUGGACAUGGUCGAGCGCAACACCCUGCAGUACGACGGGUCGGCCACCGCCGACUUCGAGACACUCCCUAAGGUGCGGGGCGACAACCUUUUGGCCUCCUCUCUGGCGGGUUCCGUUUUCGAAGAGCACGCCAACAUGGAUGGCAAGAAAGCGCCCAGCAAGGGCGCGAGUAAGACCUGCCACUCCAACGGCUCCUACACCUCGUACAGCAAGAGGAUGGCGGGCUUCGAGCCGCUGCAGCAGGGCAAGGCCAAGGGCAAGGGCUUCCGCUCUGUCUUCCCCUGAGGCCGCCCUGCCACUUUUGUUUUCAGAGGCCUUCUUGAGGAAUGAGCAUUUCCAGGCAUUCCAGAGACACCAGAAGGCCAGAGCCUCCAGCUACAGAGGCUGAAGGCCAAUGGGUUCGCCGACUUCGGAGCAGCGCACCUUCUGCCCAUGCGUGAAAAAUGCUUCGCCCCCCCCACCACCC